AACAGCCAGAGCAGGAGGGUGUCUUGCUGGGUUUUACCUUGGAUCUUACCUGGAUUUCAUCUUACUGAAUGCGUGUACUUUUCCAAACUGGUCACUGGUGGCACAAUCUCCUUCUGUUCCAUAGAAUCAGUAAAUUUGGAAAUGGGGGCAGCACAGAUCUGUUCUUGGCAGCAGAUGUACCUGAGCAAUCUUUGCUAGGUGCGGUGUACAUAGGGAAUUAUGUCUGAGCAUGAAGAUACAAGCAGCCUUAGUAAUGGACAUCAGGAUCCAGGACCGCUCCCAGGAGCUGGUGCAGAUCGUCCGGAGCGCGGACCGCCGGGCCAGGAGCCGCGGUGCCAAGGUGGGCAGCCUGGCCGACAGGGAGUCCAUCCUGCAGCGCCUGGACCACCUGGAGGAAGUGGUCUACAACCAGCUAAAUGGUCUGGCAAAACCCAUGGGAUUAGUUGAAGGUCCAGGAGGCUUGGGCCAGGGAGGAAUGGCUGCUACCCUGAGAGAUGAUAGCCAUGAAUCAGAAACUAAGUAUGAAGAAUAUGGUUACAAUGCCCAACUCAGUGACAGGAUAUCACUGGACAGGUCCAUCCCUGACUACAGACCAAAAAAAUGCAAACAAAUGACCUACCUAAACGACCUGCCCCAGAUCUCUGUGGUCUUUAUAUUUGUAAAUGAGGCCCUGUCUGUCAUCUUGCGCUCUGUGCACAGCGUUGUGAAUCACACGCCAUCACACUUGCUCAAGGAGAUCAUUCUGGUGGAUGACAACAGUGAUAAUGUUGAGCUAAAAUUUAAUCUGGACCAGUAUGUCAAUAAAAGAUACCCAGGGCUGGUGAAAAUAGUGCGCAAUAACAAACGAGAAGGGCUGAUUCGAGCCAGAAUCCAAGGCUGGAAAGCAGCAACAUCUCCUGUUGUUGGGUUCUUUGAUGCUCACGUUGAGUUCAACAUUGGCUGGGUGGAACCUGCACUUACCCGCAUCAAAGAAGAUCGGAAGCGGAUCAUCCUACCAGCAAUUGACAAUAUCAAGUACAACACUUUCGAAGUGCAGCAAUACGCCAACGCAGCCCACGGCUAUAACUGGGGCCUCUGGUGCAUGUACAUAAUCCCACCGCAGGACUGGCUCGAUAAAGGGGAUGAGUCAGCUCCCAUCAGGACACCAGCCAUGAUUGGAUGCUCGUUUGUAGUGGACCGAGAGUAUUUUGGUGAGAUUGGCUUGCUUGACCCUGGUAUGGAGGUCUAUGGAGGAGAAAACAUUGAAUUAGGCAUGAGGGUCUGGCAAUGUGGAGGAAGCAUGGAGGUGUUACCCUGUUCCCGCGUGGCACAUAUUGAACGCACAAAGAAACCCUACAACAACGACAUCGAUUACUAUGCAAAGCGCAACGCCCUGCGGGCUGCUGAGGUCUGGAUGGAUGACUUCAAGUCGCAUGUUUACAUGGCAUGGAACAUCCCCAUGGCAAACCCUGGAGUUGACUUUGGAGACAUUUCUGAAAGAAUAGCUCUACGACAGCGACUGCAGUGCCGGAGUUUUAAGUGGUACUUAGAGAACGUCUAUCCUGAAAUGAGGGUUUAUAAUAAUACAGUCACUUACGGAGAGGUGCGUAACAGCAAAGCUAGUGGCUACUGCUUAGAUCAGGGAGCUGAAGAGGAUGACAAAGCAAUCCUUUACCCAUGCCAUGGCAUGUCUUCUCAGCUUGUCCGCUACAGCUCCGAGGGUGUCCUGCAGCUGGGGCCACUGGGCUCCACAGCCUUCCUGCCUGACUCAAAAUGCCUUGUUGAUGACGGGAAGGGCAGGACACCAACACUGAAGAAGUGUGAAGAUGUCCUGAGGCCAGCACAGAGGUUCUGGGAUUUCACACAGAACGGUCCAAUCAUCAGCAGAGACACUGGCCGUUGCCUAGAAGUGGAAGUGUCAAAGGAUGCAAAUUUUGGGCUCAGAUUAGUUGUACAAAGGUGCUCGGGGCAAAAAUGGAUGAUUAGAAACUGGAUAAAACACGGCCGACACUGACUGCUGGGGCUCAGAAGUUGCCUCUCCUGCCGUUGUCCAUUGCUCAGUGUGCCAUAUUUUGCAAGGCAUUUGUCUUAAAGCAGACUAGUCUGAACUGGACUUGACUUGGCUCUCAAGUCCUCCACAGCUGGGCAUUCAAAGUGAAAAAGAAAGAAGACAAAGAAAAGCAGAUACAUACAUGCCCUAUUUGACUCUUCCUUGCUCUGGUAGAUGACCUGGGAAGCUUAACAAGAAUUUUCUGUUGAUUUGGAAAUCUCGUGAAGGUCAGAACACAGCAGAAAAGUGGGUUCCCUAAGCUCUCCUGGAGAAAUUGGCAGGCAGAUGUUUCUGUGAUGAGUUGAGAGAUCCCAAUACUGCCUCAAAGAGAGUUCUCUGAUGGGUAGCUUUUUAGCUUUAAGUUAUUGACUGGUGCACAACUCCUAUGGUGAAUAAUCACGUGCCUUUUUUAUUGUACUUCGUAUAAAAGGGGACUGGUCAAAUCCUACCUUUUCAGCAUGUCUGGUUCAUUGUACUCAACAAGAUCUGUAAAUAACACUGGAAAUAUAAUAUAUGAUAAAUUUCAAGGUUGAUUGUUUAGGAGUCUCUGUUUCUAGAAAGAGACUGUUCUGCAAAUGUUUACAGGUGGUUCUCAACCUUCAAGCUGCUAAAAAGCAGCAUUUUAGAGACCUCUUCUAGUUAGACACAGGUAAAUGUUGAAUAGGUAAAAUAGCCACAUGCUCCAUUAUACUGCCACAUUUUACAUCUCUUGGCUGUAAAGGCAUCACAAUAUAGCCCUUGCGUAUUUAACUGAGGCAGUAAAUGUCGUAGUAGAGGGAUGAGUUUCUAGAGGCCUCAGUUUGGCCCACAGUCCCCAAGUACAUAAGUGUAAGGUCCCACCUGCAGUGCUGUGGAUGCAGGUACACUGUUGUGUUGUUCCAGAAGCUGCCUUGGAAGCUGGAUACUCAUGACUUCUUUCCAGAAGGUGACAGACUUAGGUGCCAUCUGUAGAUUGUAGAAUGUAACAACUUGAAUCCUCCGUUUCAUUACCCAUACUGUGAAAAUGUCAAAUGUGAGCAAAUAUGCUUUGUGAGCACUGUCUGAUUUUCUGAACAAACCAACAAAGUCUUUCUGGUAUUUGAAAACCAAAUAAAAACCUAGUGAUAAGAGGGCAAAUUAGAGCAAGAACUAGGAGCAUAUAUAAAUACUGUUACUCUGAAAUACAAAUAUUUUAGUGUAGUUGACUCAUUGACAGCAUCUUUGUGAACCUGAAUUUAAUGAUGUGUACAGUGGUUCAUGCAGUAUCUGUGCACAGGUAGCCAGAGCAAUGACAAGUGCUUACCCUGAAGGCUGUCAGAGUUGCUGACCACUGUCAACAUCAGCAGGCUUUGGAUGCAGGUCCAUGGCAGACAGCUUUUCAUUUAGAGAAGAUUCAGUCAUACUGAAAGAGAGAGAGAAAUGGUAUCUGUUAACUUCACUGUUUAAUAUUUUAUAGUAAUUUUUUAAAGAAGUUUUGUUUUACUGAGCCAGGGAAACGGGUAAUUGCAGAUACUGUGGUACUGUGAAUCUUGGUGAUCUGUUUCUUGAACAACUUCUGCCAUUUCUAUUUCAAGGCAUGCUGAACAAAACAGAAUGAAAACAAAGCCAAUUUUUCAAGGGCAUGAUAGAUAAUAAAAUACUUACUUUUAA